AUGACGGCGGGGUUUGCCGCCGGAGGAGACUCAAGCUCGGGGCUUGUGUCGAAACGCGAACCCUCCAUGCCCGAACCGAGUGCCUUCAGAUCACGUUGGGCCAUGAGUUUGAGGAGUGUUCCCGCUCUCAGUGGGGAGCAGCUUCCCACAGUGAUGUUCGGGUGA